AUGGAUAUGGAAGUGGAAUCGGACAUCAUUGAGGACGGAGGCGCGCCGGGGUUCGCUCCCCAUGGGAAGGCCGUCAUAGCUUGCGCGACCAUUUCGGUCGGACUCGCUGGUCUCAUCGUCGGACUGCGGUUUUUCGCACGAUUAUAUCCCGCGCGACUGCUAGGAAAGGAGGACUGGUGCAUAUUCAUCGCAUGGCUUUUCUCAGCGGCGACUUCUAUUGGCAUGUGCCUUCAGGUCAAGACGGGCAUGGCCGAGGAGUUCUCGACUCUCAGCGUUUAUCAGCAACAAACCUUUUUCAAGUGGGCAUACCUCACUAUAAUAUUCUACAACACUGGCCUCGCCUGCGUCAAAGUCUCGAUCCUCCUUCUCUACCUGAGAAUCCUUAGAGACCUCAAUUACCGUAAGGCAUGCUACGUGGUCCUAUUUUUCGUGGUGUGCGUGUCGCUAUGGACGGUCUUAUCCUCGAUAUUCUUCUGCGUGCCCAUUACCAAGAACUGGGACCGUGCCGUCACUGGCGUCUGCUUCAGCCAGGGCAUUGCCUGGUUCGUCAAUGCCGCUCUGAAUAUCCUUACCGACUUUGCAAUUCUUAUCCUGCCAUUACCGAUUCUGCCCAAGAUCAAGCAGUCUCGCCGGCAGAAGAUUGGGCUAUAUCUCAUCUUUGCGCUCGGCUUUUUCAUCUGCGUGGUCUCCAUCCUCCGUAUACCAUCCCUCAUCGUCGCGAAAUACUCUCGCGACCCAACAUUAGACAGCCCAGGCAUAGCAAAAUGGUCCGUCGUAGAAUUAAACACAGCCAUCGUCUGCGCUAGCCUCAUCACUCUCAAACCACUCGCCAUGCGCUUCUUCCCCCGCAUGCUGGGCUCCAACCGCGGCGACGUCGGCCGACAGCGUGGCCCCGGAUCCGAAGAGAUACCCGCGACCGUAGGUUCUAAGGAAGCGCGAAACGGGGGCGUGAAGCAUGGCCACGCGCGGGCGGUGUCUGACGGUAGUACCAUCCAGCUAAACCACGAUACCUUUGGAGGGGAUUCGGCGAUGCAUACGCAGCAUACGGAAAGCUCACGACUUAGUUCUGCGGGGACGUCGGAUCUGGAGCAGGGGAUGAAGGCGUCGGCUGUCGAAGUCGAAGGAGAUUUGGCGAUACGAACGGAUAAAGCAUGA